AUGGAUAAUGCUUAUAGUUUCUUUGUUAAGGGAGGUGCUAGAAGAAGAAAACGAUGUUAUUUUGUUUAUGGUAAUGUCACCUAUAAUCAUUAUGUUAACGUCAAUUUUUAUGUCUACGCAAGUAGUUAUGCUUAUGUUCCAAUUCCUUUCUGGAAUGUUUGCAUUGGGAAAAAAGUUUUGCCAAUGCUGCAGCCAUGA